GCGAUCGUCUCUUCAGGCGGGUCUAGCCUGUGGACUGGCGGAGGGAGUACCACUGCAUGCGGGCAAAGACGGAGCCUCGGAGACGAUUAGUAGCUUCUCGUAGCUUGGUUUGGGAUAGGUUGUUCCUUAUCGGACCAAUGGAAGUGAGUGCCUGGACGGCUGGCUCCAAUGGCCCUACCGAGAUGAGCGGGGUGAUUCCCGAGAUUAACGGUGGGUACACGAGCGGCAAGUCGGGAUGGAGUAUUCUGGGCAAGAAGGUGAGGGCGACCCCCCACUGGAGUCUGGGUACCGCGCUCGCGACGGUUGAGCUGUGCUUGAGCCUGACGAGACUUUCACCUAGCUUGAUGGACCUAGAAUUCCGGGGAACAGUGGAAGCUCGAGGAUGGGUCUACCUAUCACAGGAAUUGGAAAAUGCAAUGGUAGUGGGACUAGUAUUGAGCACGGCACCGGAUCAGCUGUUUAGGCAAGCGGAACGGGAGGUGGUAUGGGCAAGAUGUCAGCGGGCAGAAAUGGAGAUGGAAAGGAUGGAGGUGCGAGUAGAACUCGGGGACCGGAAAAAUAUGAGACGUCCUCUUAGGACAAUGAGGUUCGGCAGGCGGGGGAAAGGUGUCAGCAGUAGAGUCGUGAUGGGAGGAUGGAAGGAAUUUAAGCCGCCAGGCACCCGAACCAAGAUCUGGGUGCCCGAGUUCGUGGCGGACUGGUUUGGGGGUUUUGAUCACAUAACAGAGGUAGCGGACACGAUGGAACGAAUACACGUGAACUGCGCAUGGCUGGCAGAGGAAUUCUAUAGGACGUCCUUGAAAUUUGGGCCCUUCCAUGGCGAUAGAUCCCUGGAGGUUCUUAUCAUUUUGGAGAUUGAAAGGAAUGACCGACAGGAGGUGGCCCCGGAAACUAGGAAGGCCAUAUUCCGUCGUGAGGUGGCAACGACACCCUGUUAUGUGGACGAUGUGUUCAAACUGUUCGAGGUAAAGAAAUGGCGAUUGAGGAAGGGAUCGAUGACCAGCAGAGCGGAGGGAAUCAGGGCACUAAUGGGGAUGGGGAACGAAACGAGGGAUCAGCAAGGGAUCGAAAGUCAGCCAAACUGGAAGGAACCCGAGAAGACGGAAAGGUCCUCUCAACUGGAGAAAAGCUCGGGGAAAGCUGGGGGUAGCAAAAGGGGACCUCAGGAAAACAGGGAAGGGGGAAACGAUAUGAGAACAAGCCCUCGGAACUCAGCAGGAGCCACCCCUAAAAAGAUAAAAAUCUCGAAUGCCAGUCGUAAAUUGGCAGAGAUAGAAAAGCAGACUGCAGAAUUUAAGGCAAGGCUUAUCGAGCAGAUGAUGGCCGGGAAUGAGGAGGACCCCAGGGCGCAGGGUCACGUGAGGACCGGUCAGGAACGCCGAAAGGACGUCAGGACCGGUCAGGACGAUGCCAGGUAUGAGGGGAACGCCGUAUGGUCAGGAACGCCGAAUGAGGAGGACCCCAGGACGCAGAACCGGUCAGGACGAUGCCAGGUGUGGGAGAUGAAGGAGGACAAUGGUCGUUGCAAAUAUUGUACAAUGGUCGGCAGCAGUAGCCAAUCGAGGUUUCCCCAGAAGGGUCCGAGACUUAACCACGACAUCAUUAGACAGAGGUGCAGUAGGUCCCUCAAAGGUGAGAUUCUCGGACCUCAGGGAGAGCGUGUAAACUGGAAUUCGCCAGGAGGAAUGCGGCGUGCCGUCAUCCUCCUGAAUAACUUGGAUAUAGUUGCCGUAGAACCAGAGCCGAUAGUUGAGCUUGUCUGGGACCAGCCAAGGGGGCGUUGGCCCCAGGUCAACUUCAUUCUGGAAGGUAAUGGGCAGGAUAGGGUAAAUAUUACUACCCGACGGGCUGGCGCGGAAAAGAAGCUCAUCCUAGACACAGUUAUGGAAGAAGCCGCGAAGGCUAGAGCAGAUCAAGAGGAAGCUGAGGCCGGGGAACAGGAGAAGGUUUAUGGAAAAACGAGGGAAGAGGAACCGAUAGAUAAAGCCACGACGACAAAAAAGAAGUUUAGGUACCAGAUCCUGAUUCUGACGCUGCCCGAAUUAGAUGACACUCUGAGCAAACUCCUGGGCACCAUGGUGUCGGUAUCCUUCCAGACCAUGCUGCAGGCAAGCCCGAGACUGCUCAAGGGCCUGAGAUUUGAAAGUAGGACCCUGAAUUCGGCGGAACGGCGGUACUCACAGUUCAAGAAGGAGGUCUUAGCGAUCCUGCAUUGCCUUAAGACCUUCCAGGCAUACCUGUUUGGAAGGCGAUUUAUCCUAAGGAUCGAUCCCACCAACGUCGUCGGGGCUCUAAAGAAUUACAAGCCUAUAGAUCCGACCGUCGGCAGAUGGAUAGGCUUCAUAUGGCAAUUCGACUAUAAGGUUGAGCGAAUUACGGGGCUUCGAAACAGGGCAGAUGGGCUGAGCAGAGUAUGUAUCACGCUAGAAGUAGUAGAGGACGUGGAACCAAUUGACGCUUUCCUAAAAUACGAAGGGGGGACCCUUGUUGUGGAUAACGAAAUGGCAGACUCGGCGCUUACAACAGGUCAGUUGCUGAUUCAGACCUUGGAAAAGGGCACGCCUGCAGUAGUCGCAGAACUCAGGGAAGGAUCAGUCACCACAGUCAGGUGCAAAGAGGAAAAGGACUCGUGGGGAGCAAAAGUAGGGGCCAAAGAGGAACUGAUGGCAAUGGCCGUGGAAGGGGGACGGGACGCCGUGAUGACGUUGGCCGAAACCUGGGCGCAGAAGGAAUGCCAGUACCUAGUCCACCAGACCCGAGAAGAGAAGGAUACGGAUCGGAAGGAACAAGAGUUCUUCCUCAUAUAGAUGUAUGAGGGCGUCUUUAGAGAAAUCGGUCUGCUGCUUGUAGGGAACAAACAGCCCACGGAAGU